UUAUACGGAAUUGCCUGAAGACAAUCAUCACUGAUUUUUGCAUUUAUUCAUUUUAUAACCUAACGAAAAAUGUAACCGUGUUCAGCUAUCCUCAAAUCGUAUUGUUAUGGAUUUAUUAUGAUUAUCUCAAAGUGUGUGUUCUGUUGAAAACGGUCCUGACGUAAGAAAAGAAACUAUGUUGAAAAUUGUGCUAUUAUUAUGUUGUCUUACAAGGGGGACAUUUGCCACACUCAAAGUAUUUCACCUAAAGGAAACUAAAAAUGAUGCAGAAUUGUACUGUGAAAGUAUAAGUGGAGCAUUGCUAAGUUAUGGGACUGAAUUUAUAAAUGCUGCUAGAUCUUGUUCUGUAACUGAUGUCUUGACUAAUAAACCAUGGUCUCUAGAUUAUGGUUGUUUUAUUGUGAAAGAAGCAGAAAAGGAAACAAUGAUUACAAACAACCAUUUAGCAAACUGCGUUUCAUUCUGUUCAGAUAAGGCGUUUGACUAUAUUGGCGUUCAGGUAAACAAGUGUUAUUGCUAUAAUCAUUUGGUUGGUGGCACUCCUGCAGGCAACUGUGAUGCUAUAGAUUGUCCUGGAAAUUCUAAGGAAAAAUGUGGCGUCAAUCAUAUGAUUGUGUACAGACAAGUAUCUACUUUACCACAGUUUGAAUGUCAGUAUGUUGUCUUUAGUGCAGACAAAUAUGAAAUGCUUAAUGGAGAUUGUAGUAUUCCGAGGAACUUCAUUUGUCAAGUUGGCGAUACAUCUGGUAUAGAAUGUAUCGGGUCCAGCAUAACCACGGACAUUCCAGAGUCCUCCUCAAAUGGAGCAGAUAUUGAAACUAAAAGUUUAGUUGCUGAGAGUGGUCCCAGUCUAGGUGUUAUCAUAGCUAUUAUGCUAUGUAUAUUUCUGGCUAUAGUAGUUGUGCUAGCUAUUGUGUUCUUUAAGUUAAGGAAGAAAAGACGACAAAAGGAAGAUAGACUCCAUAUUCACAUGACAAACCAUGAUAACAAUGAUGAAUUUAUCAACGCUUUCAGAGAACAACCGGGUUAUCACAAUGUUGACUUGGGAAUUCGUGACCCUGUACCAAUUGUUGCUUUUGGAGGCGAUGGUGUCGAUCUUGACAGGGAACCUGCUAAGGAACCUGUCUAUACGGCUGUGCACAAGAACAAUAAGGACAACCGGAAGACAAGUAACAUUGAUACGCAUGUGCCUGAACCAGCUUAUGAUGAAGUUUAUCAACCAUCAAAUUCAAAUAAUAACGUUGAAGAAAAUCAUAAUUUCCGUCAUGCUCGAAGGUUUCAGAACGGAAACGUAGAUGGUUCCUAUGUUGGACUGCGUAAACCUGGAGAUACAAACCGUACCAAUAGCAUGACCAUUAAUACCAAUCAACACGUUCCGAAUGAUUUAUCGCAGAAUAAGAUUUUUCGAAACAACCAAAAAAGACACGGGUCCUUAGAUGAUGACUUGUAUUAAAUAGUUAAUAAAUAAAAAUAUUGAAAAGAACUGGAUGUACAAUUGACACAUUGUGUCUACUUUUCCAUUUAAAGUGAUGAAGAUAUGAAUACAAAAAGUGCUUUUGAUUUGUAGUUUUUUUUAGUUUUUCUUUUUAAACAAAUGCUAUAUCUAUAUUAUAAUUUUAUAUAUCA